UCUAUUGAAGUAACAGUGAAAGCUACUUUGAAACCAAAGGUAGUAAUUCAUUGUUCAACUCCUCUGGUUGUGAAUGAAGGUGAUAAUGUAUCAUGUGUAUGUAGAGGUGAAGGAGGUAUCCCUCCUGCUAAAGUCACAUGGUUUGAUAAAGAUAACAAUAUAAUUGGUGAUGUUGGAGUUGUAAAUAAGACAUUAGUAAUCACUAAUGUUGCAGUGAAUGAUGGUGGAAGUUACAGAUGUAAAGCACAAAGUCAUAAUGAUCCACGUUUUAGAGAUCAGAAGUCUAUUGAAAUAGUAGUGCAAUACCGACCACGACAAACCAAUAUUACCAUCAUUCCAAUGCCAGCCACAAAAGGUCAAAGUGUGACAAUAUCCUGUGAGUCAGAUGGGCAUCCUGAACCAACCUACACCAUUUACCACAAUGAUAACACCUCUGUUGUCAGCAAUGAAAAAACACACACCAUUCAGUCCGUCAACUUCAGUGAUGCUGGUUCGUAUCGUUGUGAAGCAAAGAAUAAACUGGGAAAUGAUUCAUCUCAAGUGAAAAAUCUCACUGUCAACGAAGUUAAAGAUGAUGAUGAUGAUGGACCAAAUAUUGCUCUGAUUGUUGGCAUUGCUGUUGGAGCGGUUUUCCUUGUCGCCAUUAUAGUUGUUGUCAUUUUCUGCUGUCGUAAAUAAAAGCAAAGUAAGUUCAGCUUGGUAGCGUUGCAUGAAAUUUUAAUCCGAUCUGUAUUGACGCUUUAUUUUAAACCGGAUUUGCAAUUCUAUAUUGUCCCCAAAUUUUGUAAAAUUUUCUUUCAUUUAAGAUUCUAAGCUAAUGGUAAAACAAUGUAAAUACAACGAUUAAAAGAAAUUAUAGAACAUUACUUUUGUACUUUUAA